AUGAGCUUUGAAACUCCCCUCCAAGAGAAGAACAUGAUCAUGAAAUCGAAACUUUUCUGUUGGGUCACAGUUCUCGCAAUCUGGACAUUCAUUUUCACGUUCUACUAUUUGACGUAUUUCGGUGAGGAGAAAGUCCGUUUGAAAACCCGCUUCGAAGCCGCCAGUCUCACAGGCAACGAGACCAAUUCGCAGGUGAUCGAUUUCGGGAAAACGGAGGAUAUCUUCAAGCUUGGCCUCAUUCGGAACUCCCAGGAUCAGCAAAUAAAGACCGAAGGAUAUAGACAACACGCUUUCAACACGCUGGUCUCCGAGCGGAUCGGGCUCCGACGACGAGUGCCUGACACGCGUGAUGCGCUAUGCAAACAGCAAAAGUAUUCUAAAGACUUGCCGCGCGCCUCGGUCAUCAUCUGCUUCUACAAUGAAGCUUGGUCCACUCUCAUACGCACCGUGAAUUCCGUACUCGACCGGUCACCCUCAGCGCUUCUCCAGGAAAUUAUCCUCGUGGACGACCUAUCUGACAUCGCAGAACUUGAACCCCUGGCCGGUUUCGUUCAGAAACACGAGAAGGUUCGUGUAAUUCGAACUCGCGAACGCGAAGGCCUGAUAAGGGCGCGAAUGAUUGGAGCCCACAACUCGACCGGGGACGUUCUGGUCUUUCUGGACAGUCACGUUGAAGUUAACGAACGAUGGUUGCAGCCGUUGCUCGUUCCGAUUCAGCAGAACCAAACGACGGUCACGUGUCCUGUCAUCGACAUCAUCAACGCCGACACAUUCGAGUACUCCCCUUCCCCCCUCGUGAAAGGUGGUUUCAACUGGGGCAUGCAUUUCCGCUGGGACAAUCUGCCAAAAGGCUACUUCAAAAGCGAAAAAGAGCGCAUUGCGCCUCUGCCCUCGCCGACGAUGGCUGGUGGCUUGUUCGCGAUUCACAAAGAUGAAUUCCGACGUCUGGGAGAAUACGACUGGGGAAUGGACGUGUGGGGGGGCGAGAACCUGGAACUCUCGUUCCGAAUCUGGAUGUGUGGCGGGAGUUUGAAAAUUAUGCCAUGCUCGAGAGUCGGUCACGUUUUCCGUAAACGACGACCGUACGGAGCAUCGAACGGAGAGGACACCUUAGCAAAAAACUCUCUCAGGGUCGCAAACGUCUGGAUGGACGACUAUAAGAAGUAUUACUAUAGGAUGCGUCCCGAUCUCAAGGAUAUCGAUUUCGGCGACAUUUCGGCUCGGGUCGAGCUGCGCAAUAGGCUCAAGUGCAAAUCGUUCGAUUGGUACCUGAAAAAUAUCUACCCCGACUUGCAGUUACCGUCCAAUCGCACAGGACUGAGGAACGUGAACCUCUACAAACGUAAACAGCCAACAAUGACCGGGAAAUUCCAGAUUCGGGUAGACAAACUGUGCGUUCAGAGUCAGGACAGUAUUUUCCGUCGAGGCGGAGCGUUCGUACUGCAGAAAUGUGACCCGCAUAGCAAGAAACAGAUGUGGUUCGAAACGGAGAAGCACGAUCUGCGGCUCGGGAAUCUUUACUGUCUCGAUGUCGGAACGAAAUCUAUGCCGAGAUUGAAAAAGUGCCACGAAAUGGGAGGCUCGCAAGACUGGCGCUACUCGGCGCAAUACGGAGCGCCGCUCUACAACAUGGCGAGUGGUCUGUGCCUCGGAGCAGAGAAAGUCGCUGAAGGUCAAAAAGUCACGAUGGAGAUCUGCAGUUCGGACAAAGCCUUGAAAUGGGACUUCGUGCCCAUUAAAAAAGCCCGUGACGGCUUCUGA